AUGCAUCAAGCAAUAACACAGACGGAUAAAAAGUUGACACCACUAAACCUUUCAGAAACAUCUUUAAACCCUGAGGCAAAGAUAACCCCAAUGCAGGAUCUGGUUGGCCAAUGGAAAGCCAAACCACUACAUGGUCGGUAUAGGAGCCGCAUAGACGACAACGCCAUUGACACGAAGGCUUCCCAAGGAUGGUGCAGUCAGGUAAUCUGUUCCUGGAGACGGAGGGCUUCAUAG